AUGGAAAAUAUGCAACAAAUACCACCAAUAACAAUACUAAACAAAGGCGAAACAUACUUUAUAAACAGAGCUGUAGAUACAACAAACACAAAACAAUCAACAAACGAAGAUCGUGACUGCUCAGUUAUAAAUGAAGUAGAAAUGGAAAUUACACAAAAUAAUGACGAAAAGAAUAAUAUCAAGGGCUAUCGAAACAGAAAGGCAACAAUGGCUAUAGGAAAUUCCUCUACAAAACUCCUUCAGCUCACUGCCAGAAGAGAUUCAGACCCAGCUGAAAAUCCAAUAACACACAUUCCUAAACCACCACCAAUCUACAUAGAUGCUAAAAUAAUAGACCCCCUAAUUGAUCUGUUAAACAGCACGGCAGGAAAAGAAAAUUACACCAUUAAACAACUUAAAUUCGAUCAGACAAAUACAAGUAACAUAUACGAGGAAUUAGCCAAAGUCGGACAUCAGAUAAGAACAAUAAAUAACAUAACCAGAUAUGAUACUAAACAACCAUUACCGCUAUUUCUAAUAGAACUUGAACCUAAAAACAAUAACAAGGAAAUUUUCGAAGUUAAAAAAGUUCUAAACACAAUAAUUACAGUCGAGCCACUGAGACACAAAAAAGACAUACCGCAAUGUAUGCGGUGUCAAAAAUAUGGAUAUACAAAAAAUUACUGCAACAGAAACCCGACGUGUGUCAAAUGGGCAGGAAAACACCUAACAAUGAACUGCCCACACACGGGAAAAACAAACUAUAUAAACUGUUACAACUGCAGUGGAAACCACUCAGCCAGCUACAAAGGCUGUAUAGUUAGAAAACAACUUCAACGUAAACUGUCUCCGCCGCUUCGAAACAGGACAUACAAUAACUAUCACAAACAACAAGACAGCGCAGAAAUUGAGACAUCAAGAAAUGUACAGCACGUAACGAAUAUCAACCAUAAUAAUACCAAUACCAACGGUAGCCGAAGCUACGCGCAAGUAACCAAACAAUCAACACCCUUAGACAAUCAAAACCAGAAUAACAUGAAUGACGCUACAGAAACCAAAGAACUACUAAAGCAAUCCAUCAAGAAUACUGAAAUGUUAGCAAAAAUGAUAAGCGAACAAAACGCAGUCCUCAGACAGCAAACGCAACAAAUCAUAGUCAUCCAAGUUAGUAAGGAAUAUAUCCAAGCAACCACCGUUACAGUCCAAACUAGCAGCAACUAUUUACAGCUAUCAGCAGUAUAUGUACCACAGCGACACAAAAUUACAUCACAAAUGUGGGAAGAGUACUUUCAACAUUUAGGUGACAAGUCUAUCGCAGCGGGAGACUACAACUCAAAGCACACACUAUGCGGAUCAAUAAUCACUACACCUCGAGUUACAAAGGGACUAAACGCAAAUAAACUAAAUACAGCACCCAGCCUCGAGCUUACCUCCGAUCAUACACCCAUAAUAAUUACAUACAGAAACAAACCAAUACUUCACAACAAUUCAGAGACAUGCAAUAAAACCACCAAAAUGGCAAACAUUCAAAGAAAUAAUCGAGAGCAAAAUCAACUGCAACAUACCAUUGAAAACACCCGAACACACCAAACAGGCAGUAACAGUAUUGACAGAAACUAUCCAAGAAGCAGCAUGGACAACCAUUAUACCUGA